CCGUAUUGCUUGCUCCAGUAUAAAGUCCCAGAUCAGCAUACUCUCUUUCAUUCUGCGCAAAGUUCACCGCACAGCAACAUGCCUAUUGAUUUCAGUGGGACGUGGGUUAUGGAGACAAAUGACAACUUUGAGGAUUACAUGAAAAUACUCAACAUCGAUUUGGUCACUCGGAAGAUUGCCAUCCACUUGUCUCAAACCAAAGUUAUUAUCCAGGAUGCAGACAAGCUUACGAUAAAGACACUCAGCACCUUCAGGAACUAUGAGAUAAGCUUGACAAUCGGGGAGGAGUUUGACGAGUAUACUAAGGGACUUGACAACAGAAUGCUUAAGACUUUGGUCAACUGGCAGGGCGACACACUGGUGUGCACACAAAAGGGAGAAAAGGCCAACCGUGGAUGGAAGCACUGGAUAGAGGGAGAUAAACUGCACUUGGAGCUGUAUUGUGAAGACGUUGUCUGCCAUCAAGUUUUCAGGAGAAAGCAAUAGUGCCUACCUUAUGGUCACUAAAAAAAAAAAUAAAGCCUCUGUUUUGUCAGGAAUAAGAGGCUAACAACAAUAAAAGUAUAUGUAAUAUUA